AUGGGCACCUCGUGCUCGCGCGGCGUGUGCCUCGCCGUGGGCGUCGCGUACCCCGCGUACGCGAGUUUCAAAGCGCUCGAGCGACCUGCGUCCGGCCACGACGCCAAGCAGUGGCUCACGUACUGGAUCGUCUAUGGCGCCACGACGUCCGUCGAAGCCGUCGCGUCGCCGCUCGUGGGUCUCGUGCCCGGCUACAGUGCGACGAAGACGCUGUUCCUCGUUUGGCUCAUGGCCCGGCCGACUCAUGGCGCGACAAUUGUGUACGACAAGUUUCUGUGUCCUUUUCUGAAGCAGAAAGAGCCGUUCGUGGACGACAAGCUGCAAGAAGCUCAGGAAGCGGCAGAAGGCGCGCUGUCUUCCUUUGUGCGAGCGUGGGGCCAGACGAUUACUGAUCAAGUCGUCGCGAUUCAGAAGAGCGACGAGUUCAAGCAGCUGUGCGCGGCGAUCAAAGCGCUGGCGUCGCCGGAUUCGACGAAAGAGCGAAGACGGAGAAAGAGUAUUGAUGAGAGCACACAGUCGACAAACCCAGACGGAGGAAGUGAGUGA